GGAUGAUCGACGAGAACAUCCGUCCCACCUUCAAGGAGUUGGCGAACGAGUUCACCCGCAUGGCCCGCGACCCCCCCCGGUACCUGGUGAUCAAGCAGGAGAACGGAACCGCCCCCCCCGCCGAGCCCCCCACCCUCAGCGACAAGGAGCUGGAUGAGAUGGAGACGCUGGAGCUGGAGGAGGAGGAGGAGGAGCUGGACGCGUCCUUCGGCCUCACCGCCGGCCUCUACCCCCCACGCCCACGGGGCAGCUGCACCCGGAGCCCCAGCCUGCUCAGCCCCCCCGCAGGAUACAUCCCCAUGAACCAUCCCGGGCUCAGCGGCCGCCAGAGCGGGGGGUGCCGGCCCCCCCGCCGCAGCCGUCAGGAAUCGUUGGGUCGGACGGUGUCGGAGUCGUCGGAGGGUCGGGGAACGGCCUCGGAGCUGGACCUGGCAGAGGGGGGGUCCCUGUCCGGGAGCCUCUGCCGCAGCCUCCGCUCGCGGGGGGACAGCGCUUACCUGUCCCAGCGGGAGAGCUUCCCCCCCCUGCCCCCCAGCAGCGAGGGCAGCGAGGAGGAUGCCAACGGCUACGUCACCCCCAACUGCACUGCACGGGAGACCGACCCCACGGGGGGCUCAGUGCCAGAGCUGGAGGAGGAGUACGAGUACAUGAACCGCCGUCCCGGGGGUCUCCCAGGAGCCCCCCAGCCCCGCCCGGACUCACUGGAGGAGCUGGGCUACGAAUACAUGGAGGUGGGCUCAGAGCCCCCCCCCGGGAGCCCUCCCGGGCGGGGGGCAGGAGGAGGAGGAGGACUACGAGUACAUGAACAAACAGCCACGGCUCAGCCGCUCUCUGGGCAGCGUGGUCGGGGGUCCGGGACCCCGUCACGACGUCACCCCCCCCCUCCACGACGGUUACACCGACAUGCGGCCGGGGGAGACCCCCCCGAGCCCCGAGGAGGAGCAGGGCUACGAGGAGAUGGAGGCGGUGCUGGCCCCUCGCUGCCCUGGCUGCCGCGGACCCCCCGGACCCCCCCCCACCUGCAUGAAGCCCCUCCGGAGCCUGGAGGCUUCUGACUGUGCCUUUGACAACCCCGAUUAUUGGCACAGCCGCCUCUUCGCCAAGGCAGACGCUCAGCGGACGUAGGGGACCCCCCCGGACCCCCCCCCGGGGCUGUGCCAGACCCCUGCCCCCCCCUCGGGGCUGUUUACAUUGGAUAUGAAGGAUCCCCCCCCCUCGGGGUAUGAGCCAAAGCUGCAGGAGGGGCUGAAGGGUGGGCAGACGGCAGGGGGGGGGCACAGCUCAGCCAGGGGGGGCUGCAAAGCCUUGGGGUGCGCCCACUCCUCCCCCCUUUUCUUGGGUGUGGGGGUGGUGGGACUGAUCCUGAGCCCCCUCCCCUUGGAGCUGAGGAGGAGAACAGACCCUGCAGAGGGGGUCAGGGGGGCUUUGGAUCCACCCCCCCCCCAGCCGAAGGUGCUCUGGGGGUGUGCAGGUGGCUGAUGUUGGACGGGGGGUCCUGGGCAAGAAGGACCCCAGACUCAUUUCCUGGUUUCCCCAUCCCCUGCUGGAACUGGAGUGAAGGUUUGGGGGUGCUACCCACACUCCCCCCCCCCCCCCAGGACACUUUGAGGGGUGUCCCCCCGUGGGUGGGGGGGCUGCGGUGCUCAUUGGGACCUCAUGAGGUGAGGAGGGGGCUGCGCAGCCCCCCAGCCCUCAGCCGGGUCCUUUUCCCUGGUGUUUUUCCCAGGUUUUCGGGGGGGCUGUCCGGAGUGGGGGGCCCUGCCCGGGCCCCCAACUUGGGGUGUU